UCUUAUUUCUAAUUUGUAUUCAAUGCAAGUGUAGAAUUGUGUUCAGGUUUUGCCAUUUGCAAAGACUUUGAUGCUGCUGCUGAAGUGAUAUCUACAGAUGAAUACUCCGUUUAGUAUUCUGGAUCAUUAUUUUGAAAUAAAUAAAAAUUAGUGGUCCUCAUUUUGAAUACUCAUAGAAGUUCAAUGGAAUUGGCAUGCCUCCUAGCUACAGUGCUCUGUGCCCCUUAGCUCCAGGUCAGUGUGACCCUUAGCUCCUCUGCUCCAUACCCCUUAGCUCCUCUGCUCCAUACCCCUUAGCUCCUUUGCUCCAUACCUCUUAGCUCCUCUGCUCCAUACCCCUUAGCUGCACUUCUCUGUCACCCUCCCAAGCCUAGGCUGGCACAAGUUAUCACAUCAUACAGGACAUGUACAAGUGUCCCUGGUGUCCGUCUAUCUCGACGUCCGCGUCCCACAUGACCCUGCAUCUGCUGGAUGAUCACCAGGAGCAUUUCUCAAGAAACUUGCAUAAUUUUCCAGCAGUUGAUGCCAUCAUGAAGACAGAAAGUUCAUGUGUGGCAUUUGGAGAUGUGUUGUCUUGUGAAGAAAAUGCUAAUAAUGUAAGCAAUGAGUUUAUAGCAUCUAAUGAAGACAAGGGAGACUGGAGUGUGGCAAGAAUUGUUGAAGAAAACUGUAUGCCUGAAAAUUUUUCACAAGGACAAGCAUUGCAAUCUGAGAAUGAUUGGUUAAGUUUAGUUAUAAGUUCUAUUAAGGAAGAUGAGUCUGAUGGCUACACUUUUGCCAUGCCUGUGACACUUGCCGAGUCUGUCGUUGAUGGCUCUGAUAAUCUUGCUGAGACUGUGCAAAGUUGGUGCAGUCACUCAAAUGAAACUAUUGAUGUUUCUGGACAAGAUGAUUUAGAAAUGGCAGUUGAAGGAGAGAAGCAAGAUUCUGAAGAGCCUGCUGCUGUAUGGGAUGAAGUUAAAAUGAAUGAUGUUGCUAAUGACUUCUCUGGAGACCAAGAUAGUUCAGGAGAAAUCAUUAUGAGUUGUACUACUGAUAAUUCUCAGCUUAAUGAAAGAGUUUUUUAUAAAAUUGAUGACAAAUUUCUUGAUUUUGAUGCAUCUGUUGUGCCUGCUUCUGAGAAAAAAGACCAAAACUAUCACAAUAAUGAAGAAUUUUCUGCUCCGUGUCUGCCACACGCUGAUACAAAUCCUAAUCUAAUUGUGAGUGAUUCAAUGAAAAAUAUUGAUAUUGCUGCAGGUUCUU